AUCUGAUCACAUUUUCCCAGUUCUUCUUUAUAGCUUUGGAAGGUUUUAUUUUUGAAGCCAAGUUCGGAAGAAAACAGCCCACGAUUCCUAUCAGGUUCUACCUCAUUAUGGUGGGCAUGUUUUUCACAGUGAGUGUGGUGAACAACUACGCUCUCAACCUGAACAUUGCGAUGCCCCUGCACAUGAUAUUUAGAUCGGGCUCUCUGAUAGCCAGCAUGGCGCUGGGAAUCAUCAUCCUGAAGAAAAGGUACACUCUCUCCAAGUACAUCUCUAUAGCGUUGGUCUCUCUGGGCAUUUUCACCUGUACUCUCAUGUCAGCCAAAGAACUGAGCUCUGUGUCGGGUGCGAGUGAAGACGCUGAGAGCAUCUCUGCCUUCCUCUGGUGGCUCCUAGGAAUUGCGGCCUUGACCUUCGCCCUCCUCAUGUCAGCCCUGAUGGGCAUCUUCCAGGAAACCAUCUAUAAGAAGUUUGGAAAACACUCCAAGGAAGCCUUGUUCUACAAUCACGGCCUUCCUCUUCCCGGAUUUCUCUUUCUGGCUCCAGAUAUUUACCGACAUGGACUUCUCUUUAGUCAAUCCAGACUCGUCCAGGUGCCGUUGGUUGGGCUCAACCUCCCCGUCAUGUGGUUGUAUCUCAUGAUGAACGUCAUAACUCAAUACAUCUGCAUCCGGGGGGUCUUCACCUUGACCACCGAGUGCACCUCCUUGACCGUCACGCUGGUCGUGACCCUGCGGAAGUUCGUCAGCCUGAUCUUCUCCAUCCUCUACUUCCGGAACCCUUUCACCGUCUGGCAUUGGCUGGGCACCUUCUUGGUCUUCUUGGGAAUGCUGUUGUAUACGGAAGUGUGGAAGAACCUGGGACUGGUCCGACCUUGUGGACCCAGGAAGGUGGAGAAGAAGCAGGAAUGA